AUGGUUAGAGCUAAGCCAGUCUUGCACAGUAUUCCCCCAAUGAAGGAUUUAACCACGGAAAACAUCACAGAAAAUGUGAACUUGCUCAACAGUCAAUGCGAUGACCCUCGUACUCGUUUUCUCGUUGAACGGCUGGUCGUCCACUUGCACGCAUUCGCACGCGAAACCAGAUUGUCCAGCAAAGAAUGGCAAGCUGGGAUUGACUUUUUGGUAGCAGUUGGGCAAAUUAGCACAGAUCUUCGUGCAGAAAUGAUUUUGCUAUCAGAUACGUUGGGGUUGAGCAUGCUGGUUGACUCGAUCGACCAUCCACGGACAUCACAGUUCACCGAGGGUACCGUACUCGGGCCAUUUCACACACACGAUGCCCCCGUCACCGAUAAUGGCUUCGUUUUGCAUAGCGACCCAGACGCGACGAGGCUCUUUGUGCUAUGUAGCAUUACGGACUCCAAGGGGAGCCCGAUUCGUGACGUAAAGUGCGACGUCUGGGAAGGCGAUUCAAAGGGCUUCUACGACAUUCAGAAUCCGAAUCGAAUGGAGCCAGAUGGACGCGCUGUUUUGCGCUCUAAUGAAGAUGGGAUCUUCUUCUUCAAUGCUGUUGUUCCAGUGCCAUACCCGAUUCCGGACGACGGACCCGUUGGUAAGAUGCUGAAAGCCCUCAACCGCCAUCCCAACCGCCCGGGCCAUGUGCAUUUCAUGUUUGAGAAACUAGGGUACGAUAAACUUAUCACCGCGUUGUAUCCACGUGGGGACCCUUAUGAGACGUCCGAUCCGGUUUUCGGCGUGAAGGAGUCAUUGAUUGUGGAUCUGGGCGAAGUCGACGCGGUGAUAUCGCAAAAAUAUCAAGUUGCAAUUGGCACCAAGCUGCUACAGUACAACUUCGUCCUCCCCUCUGAGAAAGAGGCUUUGGAUAUACGGGCAUCUAAAGCGACAGAGGCACUAGACGGUUUGGGUGUGAAGGCGAAGAUCAUCAACGGGCUGCCAGUCCCCGACCUGGACUGA